UUCCCUGUCCUGCUGGAACCUACAAUAUUAAAGGAGGAACAAGAUGUUUACCUUGUGCUUCAGGGUUUUACAAUGACAAGCCAGGUGCCUUCAACUGCAUCAAAUGUCCUUCUGGAUCUUUCUGUUCUCCCACUGAAGCUGUUAGGUGUGAGCCUGGGUAUUACAGUGAGAGUGGCAUGACCAGCUGUCUACCUUGCCCCGGAGGCUUCAACUGUGAGAAGCACCACCAUCCAAAACCUUGUGGACUUGGAAAGUAUGCUUUAAAUGGAACCAAAAGCUGUGAGGAUUGUCCAAGAGGACAUUACUGCCCUUAUGAGGCCAACAUUCAGCCCAUCCCUUGUGCUCCUGGUUACUAUGCCAACAACCAUGGGCAAGCAGAAUGCAAGAAAUGCAACCGUGGAGAGUAUUGCAAGAAUCCUGCAAGUGACCCAGUGCUUUGCCCAGUGGGGAAACAUUGUGUGACCUCAGGACUCACAGCUCCUCAGACCUGUCCUUUUGGAACAUACGCAGAUACAGAAGGCAAUACACAGUGUGCUUUAUGUCCAGCAGGUAACAGUUGUAUUGACCCAAGCUUGUCCCCUGAGCUCUGUAAAAGAGGAAGCUACAGUCCAGUGGGUGAAAUCUAUUGCCAACCUUGCCCAUCUGGCACAUACUCAAAUCAAACUGGAGGGACCAUAUGCAGCAUCUGCCCAGCGGGUUUCUUUUGCAGUGACCCUGCUUUAGACCCUAGGAUUUGCACCAAAGGAUCAUUCAGCUCCCUUGGAUCUAUAUUCUGUACCUCUUGCCCAUUGGGUACUUACAGCAAAGACUCCUUCACAGAGAGAUGUGUCUUCUGUCCUGCUGGUUAUGCCUGUCCAGAUCCAAAGGAUGACCCAGUGCCGUGUAAGCCCGGGCAGUAUUCCUUGGGUAAUGCCACCUCCUGUAUUCCCUGUCCAGCUGGUUAUAAGUGUUCCUCAACUGCCUCAGUACCGGAGAUCUGCCUAUUUGGAACCUUUUCCACUGUUGGCCUUCACACGUGCCAAUUAUGUGAUCGUGGCUUCUACUGUCCACAAAAAGGAAGCACUGGUCAGAUCAGGAAUCUCAAUCUUAAUGUAUGUGUCACUUGUCCUUCAGAGACUUCAUCUUUGAAGACUUGA